CCCAAGAGCUUCUUAGGAACAUUGGGAUAUUAUGCAGCCAAACCCUUUUUGGCUUCCUCGUCUGAUAGAUCUAAAUGCUGCACAAAGGUUCUAAAGUUUAGACACAACGUAGAACAUAAUAAGAGGGCAAGGAAGAAGACAACACAAGCGAGAUAGAGUAAACUUCAAACAGAGCAAAAAAGAAAGAAAAAAAUCAGGUCAGAUUCACCUUACUUCCCCCUUAGUUUGUCUACUUUUUCUUGAAUGUGACUCGUUGAAUGCUCCAUGGCCACUGCAAAAAACAAUGUAAUUACACUUUUAGAAAAUGGGAUGUAAAUAGCAGUUUUAGGGAAAAUGUCUGCAAACUAAUGAAUCUCAUGAUCAAAUGGAAGAAGAUCAUCUCAAGAAUCUUGACAUUAUUAUCAUUUGCUGCAGGCCAGCUGACGAAUUGCAUAAAGAACAGCAAGUCAACAAACCCUUUUCUGCUUGCUUAUUCCAAUAAUUGGCUUGGGUUUUUCUUGUGAGACUUGUUGCAACUCCUUGGCUCCAACAAGUUACAGGGAAAACAUGGCGAACUCCUAUUUAUCAAAUUGUGCGAACGUGAUGGUUGAACGGAUUAAUACUUCUCAAGAAUUGGUCGAACUAUGUAAAGGAAAGUCCUCCAGUGCAUUGCUGAAGAGAUUGAAGGUUGCUUUGGUGACUGCGAACCCGGUGCUUGCGGAUGCUGAGCAGAGAGCAGAACAUGUUCGGGAAAUAAAACAUUGGCUUACAGGAAUCAAAGAUGCUUUCUUCCAGGCAGAGGAUGUCCUUGAUGAGUUGCUAACCGAAGCUUUGCGGAGAAGAGUAGUAGCUGAAGCAGGAGGCUUAGGAGGACUAUUCCAGAAUCUCAUGGCUGGUCGAGAAACCAUCCAGAAAAAGAUAGAACCAAAGAUGGAAAAAGUAGUUAGACUGCUGGAACAUCAUGUGAAACACAUUGAAGUUAUUGGAUUGAAAGAAUAUAGCGAGACUCGAGAACCACAAUGGAGACAAGCAUCACGGUCAAGACCUGAUGAUCUUCCACAAGGCAGAGUGGUCGGGCGAGUGGAAGAUAAGCUAGCGUUAGUCAAUUUGCUGCUUUCUGAUGAUGAAAUAAGCACUGGGAAACCAACUGUGAUCUCCGUAGUUGGUAUGCCAGGGGUUGGAAAGACUACCUUGACAGAGAUAGUUUUUAAUGACAACAGGGUGACAGAACAUUUUGAUGUUAAAAUGUGGAUCUCUGCCGGGAUAAACUUUAACGUCUUCACGGUUACGAAAGCCGUUCUGCAGGAUAUCACUUCAAGUGCAGUUAAUACUGAGGAUCUACCUUCACUUCAAAUUCAGCUGAAGAAAACACUCUCGGGGAAGAGAUUUUUACUUGUUCUGGAUGAUUUUUGGUCUGAAAGUGAUUCAGAAUGGGAAAGUUUCCAGGUCGCCUUUACUGAUGCAGAGGAAGGAAGCAAGAUUGUUCUAACCACACGAAGUGAAAUUGUCUCCACAGUAGCAAAGGCUGAAAAAAUCUACCAAAUGAAGUUGAUGACUAAUGAAGAAUGUUGGGAGCUGAUCUCUAGAUUUGCAUUUGGAAAUAUAUCAGUCGGUUCUAUCAACCAAGAACUAGAAGGAAUUGGCAAAAGGAUUGCAGAACAGUGCAAGGGCUUGCCAUUAGCUGCACGAGCCAUUGCAUCUCAUCUCCGUUCAAAGCCAAAUCCUGACGACUGGUAUGCUGUAUCAAAGAAUUUCUCAAGCUACACCAACAGUAUCCUUCCAGUUCUUAAACUAAGCUAUGACUCUCUUCCUGCUCAACUUAAGCGAUGCUUUGCCCUCUGCUCAAUAUUCCCCAAGGGUCAUAUUUUCGAUAGGGAGGAAUUAAUACUCCUAUGGAUGGCAAUAGACCUCUUAUACCAACCAAGGAGCAGCAGAAGAUUGGAAGAUAUUGGAAAUGAUUACCUUGGUGAUUUAGUUGCUCAAUCUUUUUUUCAGAGAUUGGAUAUCACCAUGACGAGCUUUGUGAUGCAUGAUCUUAUGAAUGAUUUGGCAAAAGCUGUUUCAGGAGAUUUUUGUUUCAGACUGGAAGAUGACAACAUUCCGGAGAUACCAAGCACAACUCGACAUUUUUCGUUUUCUAGAAGCCAAUGUGAUGCUUCCGUGGCUUUCAGGUCCAUCUCUGGAGCUGAGUUUCUGAGAACCAUUCUUCCGUUCAACUCGCCAACAAGUCUUGAAUCUCUCCAACUAACAGAAAAAGUUUUGAAUCCUUUGCUCCAUGCAUUGAGCGGCCUACGAAUUCUUAGCUUGUCUCAUUAUCAGAUAACCAACUUGCCUAAAUCAUUAAAAGGUUUGAAGCUGUUACGGUAUCUAGAUUUGUCAAGCACCAAAAUAAAAGAUCUCCCAGAGUUUGUGUGUACUCUAUGUAAUCUGCAGACACUAUUGUUGUCAAAUUGUCGUGACCUCACAAGCCUGCCAAAAAGCAUUGCCGAACUCAUCAAUUUGCGCUUCCUUGAUCUCGUUGGCACUCCUUUGGUAGAGAUGCCACCAGGAAUAAAAAAGCUGCGAAGCUUGCAGAAGUUAUCAAAUUUUGCUAUAGGAAGGCUGAGUGGUGCCGGGCUGCAUGAGCUCAAAGAACUUUCUCAUCUCCGAGGGACACUUCGCAUCUCUGAGCUACAAAAUGUGGCUUUUGCCUCAGAAGCAAAAGACGCUGGUUUGAAAAGAAAGCCAUUCCUUGACGAGUUAAUCCUGAAGUGGACUGUCAAAGGUUCUGGCUUCGUCCCUGGUAGUUUUAAUGCAUUGGCCUGUGACCAGAAAGAGGUCCUAAGGAUGCUAGAACCCCAUCCACACUUGAAAACGUUCUGCAUUGAAUCUUAUCAGGGUGGAGCAUUUCCGAAGUGGUUGGGCGAUUCUUCAUUCUUCGGUAUUGCGUCCGUCACUCUCAGUAGCUGCAACCUCUGCAUAUCACUGCCUCCACUGGGGCAGUUGCCUUCACUCAAGUAUCUCAGCAUUGAAAAAUUUAACAUUCUGCAGAAGGUUGGUAUAGACUUCUUCUUCGGUGAGAACAACCUUAGCUGUGUACCGUUUCAAUCCUUGCAAACUCUAAAGUUCUAUGGCAUGCCAAGAUGGGAAGAAUGGAUUUGUCCGGAACUAGAAGGUGGGAUCUUUCCUUGCCUCCAAAAACUCAUAAUACAAAGAUGCCCCAGCUUAACAAAAAAAUUUCCAGAAGGACUCCCUUCUUCCACUGAAGUCACCAUCUCUGAUUGUCCCCUAAGAGCAGUUGCUGGAGGAGAACAUUCCUCCAGAAGGAGUCUGACAAAUAUUCCAGAAAGUCCAACCAGCAUUCCCUCUAUGAGCAGAAGGGAACUGUCUUCCCCUACAGGGAAUUCAAAAUCUGAUGCAAGUACCAGUGCUCAGCCAGGUUUUGCUUCAAGUAGUCAAAGUAAUGAUGACAAUGAAGUAACUUCGACAUCAAGCUUGUCAUCUUUGCCAAAGGAUCGUCCACUGUCACAAACACAAGAUUUCGACCAAUAUGAAACUCAACUUGGAAGCUUACCUCAGCAUUUUGAAGAACCUGCAGUGAUCUCGGCAAGAUACUCAGGAUAUAUCUCGGAUAUACCUAGCUCGUUAAGUCCGUAUAUAUCAAGAACAUCACUUCUUCCAGAUCCCAAAAAUGAAGGUUCAGGUCUUCUUGGAAGUAGUAGGCUUAGCUACCAGUACCAGCCAUAUGGAAAGCUUUCUGUUCGGAGUCCACCAUCAAGUGAUACAGAUAACAAAAAGCUUUCACAAUAUGAUGAUGAAACAGACAUGGACUAUUUGAAAGUGACAGAGAUCUCUCACCUCAUGGAGCUUCCUCAAAAUAUACAGUCACUCCACAUCGACAGCUGCGAUGGACUCACUUCCUUACCGGAGAACUUAACAGAAAGCAAUCCAAAUCUCCAUGAACUGAUCAUCAUUGCUUGUCACUCUCUAGAAUCUUUCCCUGGAAGCCACCCUCCAACCACAUUGAAAACCUUAUACAUAAGAGACUGCAAGAAACUAGAUUUCGCAGAGAGUUUGCAGCCAACACGAAGUUACUCACAGCUCGAAUACCUGUUCAUCGGAAGUAGCUGCAGCAAUCUCGUCAACUUCCCUCUCUCCUUGUUUCCGAAGCUGAAAAGCCUCUCGAUUAGGGAUUGUGAAAGCUUCAAAACUUUCUCAAUUCACGCAGGACUUGGAGACGAUCGUAUCGCUCUCGAGUCUCUUGAAAUUAGGGAUUGUCCAAAUCUGGUAACUUUCCCACAAGGAGGACUUCCAACACCGAAACUCUCUUCAAUGUUACUCUCUAACUGCAAAAAGCUCCGAGCUUUACCGGAGAAAUUGUUCGGACUCACUUCUCUCUUGUCACUGUUUAUAGUCAAAUGCCCAGAAAUCGAGACGAUCCCAGGUGGAGGGUUUCCGAGUAAUCUCCGAACACUUUGCAUCAGCAUUUGCGACAAGCUUACACCGAGAAUCGAAUGGGGAUUGAGAGAUUUGGAAAAUCUUCGAAAUCUUGAGAUUGAAGGAGGUAACGAAGACAUUGAAUCGUUUCCAGAUGAAGGGUUAUUGCCAAAAGGGAUUAUUUCUCUGAGGAUUAGUCGUUUCGAGAACCUCAAGACUCUGAAUCGAAAAGGGUUUCAAGAUACAAAAGCUAUUGAGACGAUGGAGAUCAACGGCUGUGAUAAGCUACAGAUAUCGAUAGAUGAAGAUCUUCCUCCUUUGUCUUGUUUGAGAAUAAGCUCAUGUUCAUUGUUGUCUGAGAAUUUUGCUGAAGCAGAAACAGAGUUCUUCAAGGUUUUGAACAUUCCACAUGUGGAAAUUGACGGCGAGAUCUUCUCUUGAUGAAAAGAUUAUUUAUUUAGACCUUACUUGAUGUACACGACAUUUUAAAUUCACAGUUUAUACUACCAUUGGAGCUCUUCUCACA